AUGGAGAUCACCGACUUCAUUUUCUCCCAGAGGGAGGAGAGUCUCUUGACGGGAAACUACAACGCUUAUCGAGCACACACGACUCGCAAGUUGCACAGCGCCCGCCUGCGACUUGGACAGACCACCCCCAAACGCAGCAAGUACAUUGCCAAACGACCUGUGACGGCGGAAGAUGUGAACAGCAAUGUGGAAUACGUCCACACCCUACUCAUCAGCGCCGAACGGGCAUGGGCGAACGCAAUGCACAUGAAGACCACUCACUCGGCAGACCCAUCGGCCAAGGGGGUUAGCGGUACGACUAGGGGGCACAUUAUUUCGAAACUACGGAAGGCAGUUACAUUUGCGAAGCAAUUGGUGCACGUUCUCGAGGAUCAAGAAACUUCUGGUGCUGCAGACACUGAUGUCCUCGAAGCUCGUGCAUAUCUGGCGUCCCUCUUGGGAGCAUACUUCUUGGAGAAGCGCAAUUGGGAGCAGUGUCUCCAAAACUACUCCGUGUCAAGAGUGAUCUAUGCAGCUCUGGGUCAGCAAGUCAAGAAGGACGCCUUCCGAGACCUUCUUUCCGGCACUGUCGACCCCAGUAUAAGAUACGCAGCAUAUCAGUUGAAGCUCCCGCGGUCAAAGCCCAUCCCGUCUUUGGCUCUUAGUUAUUUCCCAUCGGACGCGACCAUCAGGUCCGAAGUUGAGAAGUUGGACCCCAACUGUCUGAAGGAGGAUGCAGCGGGCACUCGGAGGACCGCUGACGGGGAGGUGCAGCAACUCCCUGGAAGCGUCACAUGGAGAUCGCAUACAGUUGGCUUGGAAGAUGCCGCAAUCUCACAGGCUCUUGCGUCCGCAGCGGCAGCUGAGUCUCGUCUCACUACGUGGCUUGCGGAAGGUGAGGGCAAAAACGCCUCCUCGAAAGAUAAAGCCGCUGCCUACGAUAAUGUUAUCAUCGCCAGUCAAGAUGCCGUCGAUGCUACAAAGACUGCGAUCGAUGACCUUGCCGGAGAGGGAGUUGACCCGAGUGAUAAGAGAAUGCAGGCUCUGCAAAUAACGCGGACUGCUGUUAACUAUGAUCUGGUUGGGUGGAGAAUCGGACGGAACCGUGUCCUUUGCGGAGACAACGACGGCGUUUCAUUCGAAUCUGUCUCAACCAAGUUACCCAAGAGUGCCAAGGCUACUGCCAAACAGGACGAUGCUACGGGUAAGAAGCUGGCACGGCUGCGCGAAAGAGUCGUCCUGUAUGAUUCUACCCUUCAAAGUAUCGAGUUCAUUCUUGAGCUUCCCGGAGUUGCCGCGGAUACGGCGUUUGUUCGCGAAUUAGAUGCAAAGCGGCGGUACUUCCGUGCUUUAAGAUGUCUGACCAUUGGACGGUCGCACGGAAUCCUGGGCAAGUCUACCAAUGCCCUCGCCCUAUUUGCGCAGGCUUUGGCCCUUGUCACAGAGACCGCACGGUCGCCGCAAUCCUUGACUGAAACGGAAGGACCACCGAGGCUGGAUAUUUCCCGUAGUCAGGUCCAGACUCUGGAGCUGACCUUGAAGGGCCUGGUUGCGCAAUACCGCGGUUUGGUGACUUUGGAGAAGAUGUCCGCUGAAGCACAGUCAAAAUCUGUAACUCAGCGACCCGCAGUCGAACGUCUACACGAUUUUGCCGGUGAUGCUCUGGAUUUGACCAACAUUGUUCCUUACCCCCCUCAGAUGCAGCCGAUUCCAGUGAAGCCUUUGUUCCUGGACGUGGCUUGGAACUACAUCGAGUACCCUCGUCAAAGCACGCCUGCUGCAGACAACAGUCAGGCUCAACCGGAACCACAGCCGGAAGAGAAGAAGGGUGGACGACGCGGCUGGUUCGGCUUUGGUCGGUAG